AAAGGAUGUGAGGUUUUGCCUGUCAGAUCCAAGAACCCAGUCUAUAAUCGUCUCUUGUCAUUCAACUUUGUAUUCGAAAUCAUCAGUUCACCACAAUUCAUUUUUCGAACGAAAGAGCGUGUAAAUGUAAGAGAUCUGUUUCGAUUUCGACGAACGGGCGGGCUCUUGAAACGUACUACUCCUUUUCAGGUCAUCCCUAAGCCCAAUACGGCCCAACAAAGUUCGGGCUCAGUUCCUGCCUCCUCCCCGCCGCAAUGGCGGCGACUCCGGCGAGACGGCGGCGGCGCGUACUCGUGCGAGACGGCGGCGCGGACCCGCGAGUGGAUGGAGGCCCUCGCCGCCUUCCUCGGCCGCCACCGCCCGCUGCUCGAGGCCCACGUCGUCAACUUCUGCAAGGACAGGAUGUGGGAGCUGCUGGACGCCGAGUGGAUGGAGUGCCUCCGGCCGGAGCCCGUCGAGAGCUUGCUCAAGCUGCCAUCCGGAUGCGUCCAGGAGCACUGGCCCGCUACGCUGCGAGAGUUCGUGCUUACUGCUAGGUCGCUUGUUAUUCCACGGGAGAGGAAGGCUCCGCAGUCGCUUGUACCUGAUAUUCAUGUAGCUUCAAUUGGCACCGUUCUCGCUCAAGGCAUGAACUCAAAGAAGAAGCAUGAAAUUGAAAAUCUAGCUGCGGUGGUACAUGCGAUUGCUAAGAGUUGUGGAGCCAAGAAAGUGAUUGAUGUAGGUUCUUGAAAUUUCUGCAUGCAAGCAGCUGCGCAAUUGUAGCCAGGGCUAUCUUGCACAAGCUUUAUCUUUUGAGUACCAACUCCCUGUUGUAGCAAUAGAUGCUUCGUCACAUCAUGCAUCAGUUACAGUUGCUCGUGCAGAGAGAAUAAAGAAGCAUUAUGCUGCUAAAUGUGUGGAGAAGCAAUUUCUCAAAGUACCUAGGACUGUCACCUGUUAUGUUCUUUCUAGUGACACAUUGGCAGCUAUCACAUUGGAUGCAUGUAAGGAUGGCAAUGGUGAAAAUUUAAGAGAAACUAAGGCCUGUACUCAGAAAAGCCCUCAAAUCCAGUAACUAACUCAGAGUAGCCCACCAUUAAUCCUUGCUGGUCUUCAUGCUUGUGGUGAUCUUUCUGUUAACAUGCUAAGAGUUUUUGUGUCCUGCGAACAAGUAAAAGCAUUGGUAAGCGUUGGCUGCUGUUACAACUUGCUUUCUGAGGAUUCUUAUGAGGACACAAACACCUGUCCUGGUUUUCCUAUGAGCAAAGCUGCCAAACUAUCUGAAUUGGUGCUUGGGAAAAGCAUUCGUGAUCUUGCUUGUCAGGUAUGAUGUAAUUCAUGAUCUUACUGUUGCCUGCUAUUUUUUUGAAACAUUUCUUGUUGCAAAUUGCAUUCGAAGGCACUCAGUGUAGACAAUAUAUACUGACAAGAGUUAUUUGGUCAGUGGACUAAGAAAUUAAGAUCAAAUGCUCACAAGCUUAUUGAAGCUUUGUAUUUCCUCUGUGCACACUUGUGUGGUCUGCAAUUUGGUCUAAAGCAUUAUUUGCCAAAUUAAAAGGACACUUAUCGUUGCCUCUGCAAGUUUUUAAGUUCA